CCGGCGUGACGUUGUGUCAGCUGACGGGGCGCCGCUGAGGAAGGAAGGAGAGUCGGACAUCUUGGAAAGGAGACGGGAGAGAGCGCGGAAGAGGCUCCUUGCUCAUAUACACCGCACACAGGGAGAAAAGGGAUCGAUGAAAACACCCUGACGCGGGGGACAGAGACACAGAGAGAGACAGGUGAGCGGAGGAACUGGGAAAUAAGAGCCACGUCUCCGGAGCUGGGGGGCUGGUUUGAUCGCCAUGGGAAGGGACGACUGAAGCAGACUUCACAAUGAUUGGAGGACUGUUCAUCUACAACCACAAGGGGGAGGUACUGAUCUCCCGAGUCUACAGAGAUGACAUCGGGCGGAACGCCGUGGAUGCUUUCCGUGUCAACGUCAUCCACGCCCGGCAGCAGGUGCGCUCCCCGGUCACCAACAUCGCCCGCACCAGCUUCUUCCACGUCAAGCGCUCCAACAUCUGGCUGGCAGCCGUCACCAAGCAGAACGUCAACGCGGCCAUGGUGUUCGAGUUCCUGUACAAGAUGUGCGACGUCAUGACCGCCUACUUCGGCAAGAUCAGCGAGGAGAACAUCAAGAACAACUUCGUCCUGAUCUAUGAGCUGCUGGAUGAAAUCCUGGACUUCGGCUACCCCCAGAAUUCCGAGACGGGAGCCCUGAAAACGUUCAUCACCCAGCAAGGAAUCAAGAGCCAGACCAAGGAGGAGCAGUCUCAGAUCACCAGCCAGGUGACGGGGCAGAUCGGCUGGAGACGAGAGGGGAUCAAGUACCGGCGCAACGAGCUCUUUCUGGAUGUCCUGGAGAGCGUCAACCUGCUCAUGUCUCCACAAGGCCAGGUGCUGAGUGCCCACGUGUCAGGCAGGGUGGUGAUGAAGAGCUACCUGAGUGGGAUGCCUGAGUGUAAGUUUGGGAUGAACGACAAGAUCGUCAUCGACAAGCAGGGGAAGGGCACCGCGGACGAGACCAGCAAGAGUGACUUGGGGGGCAGCAGCGGCAAGCAGUCCAUCGCCAUCGACGACUGCACCUUCCACCAGUGCGUGCGACUCAGCAAGUUCGACUCGGAGAGGAGCAUCAGCUUCAUCCCGCCAGACGGAGAGUAUGAGCUCAUGAGGUAUCGCACCACCAAGGAUAUUAUCCUGCCAUUCCGAGUGAUUCCUUUGGUCCGAGAGGUCGGCCGUACUAAACUGGAAGUCAAGGUGGUCAUCAAAUCCAACUUCAAGCCUUCCCUGCUGGCCCAGAAAAUAGAGGUGCGCAUCCCAACCCCGCUCAACACCAGCGGAGUCCAGGUCAUCUGCAUGAAAGGGAAAGCCAAGUACAAGGCCAGCGAGAACGCCAUCGUCUGGAAGAUUAAGAGAAUGGCUGGGAUGAAGGAGUCUCAGAUCAGUGCUGAGAUCGAGCUUCUACCCACCAACGACAAGAAGAAAUGGGCCCGCCCGCCCAUCUCCAUGAACUUCGAGGUCCCGUUUGCACCGUCCGGGCUCAAGGUUCGAUACCUGAAGGUGUUUGAGCCCAAGCUGAACUACAGCGACCACGAUGUGAUUAAGUGGGUGCGCUACAUCGGCCGGAGUGGCAUCUACGAGACCCGGUGCUAGCUGCCCGCUGGAUAGGGGGCGCUGUGUGUGUAGGGGGGCCCAGCCUGGCUGGGUAUCUCUACCCUCCUACCCUCCAGCACUGGAACAGGAUUUAAAAACAGAAUUCUAUUCAAUGAAAUAAUGCACCGGCCCUAUGGAAAUGAAUAAAAUGAGAUGUAACUUCG